AGACCAGCAUGGAAGCAUGUUUUCGCAGUUGCACUCCUGUAAGUGCAGAAGUUUGCAAGCGGCUUGCAAAUAGUACGGCCCCAUAGGGAAACGCACACAUUAGCGACAUUACCGGUAACCAACCAGCUAGCUUUAACCCGUAGGAAAAAGGAAGUUUGAAGCAAUAUAGUACCCUGCCGAUUAUGAAGCAAUUAUAGCCCUAACCAGUUCGUUGGUCAAGGAACGUUGACUUGCAUAUGGCCAAGCAAGGCAGUGCUCUUCUUAAGGACGCGGUCGACUUUUACAAGAAGGAGAAAAAGAAGGUUGCUUUGAAAGCGGCAUCGAGUCGGGCGUGGCUGCUUGCUUUGACGGUUCCGGAGAUAGAAGGAUGGCGAACCGUCGACCUGGAGGAGCCUAUAACGCUUUACGUGGUUGGGGCAUCCGUCAGGGGCGAGCUGGUAUCGCUUCAUGACGACCAGCAGCUCAAGUACGCCAUCGGGCGCUGGACGCACAGCAAGCAUGGCGCUUGCAGCUGGCCGCCCAUGUACGCCUGCUUCUACGGACACCAGCUACGCGGCCAGGCGAUGACGGCUGUCAGCCUUCCUAAGAAGAGCAAACUUCAAGACGCACCCAAGGUGCUGAUCCAAGUUGAGGCGAAAGGCAAGUCGUACUUCCAACCGCAGACCGGCAUCUGGGCCGUACCCAGUGUACGACCAACGCGGCUGAUGCCCGGCGCCGCUUCCCCGGAAACUGCCGCAGAGGAUGUCGCCUAGGAUGGAGAGAUGGCUCCUGAUCUGCCUGAUUCGGCUGCUAUCGGCCACAACAACGUACAUACGACAUCAGACAUGGGUUUCAUGGGGGUGUUAUGGUAAACCUUGCUGACGUAUGUCCCGCGGGUCAGACUGUCGUGCCCCGGCAACUCUUAACUGUUCGUUUCAAUGUGAAUGCCCAUGUGGAACGUACUGUAGACCAGUUGAUGUUCUGUGUGGAUGCUAGACGGGACAAGGGGCUCACAUGGAAAGACUCUGCCAGCCAACAAGCGCUCGGUUGAAUCCGAAGCGCAGGCAAAGAUAGUGAAAACGGCAACCGGGGGUUCGGCGGCUUACCGGUAGAUGUAGACAGUAUCAACUUGGCAACUUAGGGCACAUGGCCGCGCAACGUGCAACACCUGAUGUAAUCCAGCCAAAGAGCGU